AUGAAUCCAAACGCAUCUGUAUUCGUACCAGGUAUGAAGUUUGGCGCCAAGCCAUCGGCUACUCCAGCCCCAGCCGCCACUGCUGCCACUCCAGCUGCUGCUGCCAACUCAACCCCAGUUGUUGAAGAACCAAAGGUUGUUGUACAAGAAGAGAAAAAGGUUGAAAAGAAGCCAGCACCAGUUGCAGCUGCACCAGUCGAGACUACUACCACCACCAGCACCACCAGCACCUCUGCCACUAGUCCAACUACAACCGUCACCUCACCAACCACUGAUGACGAUGUCGAUGAAUUGGGCAACAAGAUUGAUGACGUUGUCAUUCAAGAUGUAUCCAACUUUAAGGAGGAUCAAAGAGAACAUCUUAAUAUCGUAUUCAUUGGUCAUGUCGAUGCUGGUAAAUCAACCAUUUCAGGUAAUAUUAUGUUGUUGACUGGUCAAGUUGAUUCACAUACUAUGGCCAAAUAUGAACGUGAAGCCAAGGAGAACCAUCGUGAGAGUUGGAUAUUUGCAUACAUUAUGGAUACAAACGAAGAGGAAAGAGCCAAAGGAAAGACCGUCGAAGUUGGACGUGCUCACUUUGAGACUGAAAAGAAGAGAUACACCAUUUUGGAUGCACCAGGUCACAAGGCCUACGUGCCCAAUAUGAUUUCGGGUGCUGCCCAAGCCGACGUUGCCAUCCUCGUCAUCUCAUCCAAAAAGGGUGAGUUUGAGGCUGGUGUCGAUGGUGGUCAAACCAUCGAGCACGCCCGUCUAGCCAAGAUGAUUGGUAUCAAGCAUUUGAUCGUUCUCGUCAACAAGAUGGAUGAGCCAACCGUUGCUUGGAGCAAGGAGCGUUACGACGACAUUGUAGAAAAGAUCACUGGUCACUUGAAAAAGUGCGGUUUCAACCCAAAGAAGGACUUCCAAUUCAUCCCAGCCUCUGGUUUCACCUCGGCCAACAUCAAGGAUCGUGUAAAGCCUGAAGUUUGUCCAUGGUUUGAUGGAGACUCGCUUAUGGGUACCUUGGACGCCCUCGCACCAUUUGAACGUAACGACUCUGGUGCUUUGCGUGUACCCAUCAUCACCUCUUACAAGGAUCGUGGUGUUGUCACUGUCAUGGGCAAGAUUGAAUCUGGUACCAUCACCCUCGGUCAAUCUCUCUGGUUGAUGCCAGGUCGUACCCCAGUCCAAGUCGCCUCUCUCUCUAACGAAACCUGUAACUUUAGAACUGGUCGUACUGGUGAAAACCUCCGUAUCGGUCUCAAGGGUAUCGAUGAAGACACUAUCCGUGCUGGUUCCAUUCUCUCUGAAAUCCAACGUCCGGUACCAGUCGUCUCUGAAAUCGAAGCCAUCGUUGCCCUCAUCGAUCUCCCCAAGGAAAAGCAAUUGUUUACCUCCAACUUUGAAGCCGUGUUCCACGCCCACACUGCCGUCGAAGAAUGUAUCGUCAAGUCGUUGGUUGCUACCAUCGACAUGAAGACCGGUCAAGAAAUCAAAAAGAAGCCAACCUUUGCCAAGAAUGGUGAGUCUGUCAAGUGUCGUAUCGUCCUUAACCGUGCCGUCUGUUUAGAAGAGUUUACAACCAAUCCACAGUUGUCUAGAUUUACCCUACGUGAUUCCAACAAAACUAUGGCUUUUGGCAAGGUGACUUCCAUAGGAAAGAAGGCACGUGAAGCUAUCAAUUCCCCAAAGGCAUAA